UCAUGGCUGCAACAAUAUGGUUACCUUCCCCCAGGAGACAUGCGGACGCACACCCAGCGUUCCCCACAUUCUGUCUCGUCAGCCAUCGCCGCCAUGCAGAGGUUCUACGGCCUCACUGUCACCGGCUCAUUUGACACAAACACUAUCGAGGCAAUGCAGCGACCUCGCUGUGGCGUACCAGACAAGUUUGGCGCUGAAUUGAAGACCAACCUGAGGAGAAAGCGUUACGCCAUCCAGGGCCUGAAGUGGCCCAAGAACGAAAUCACGUUUUCAAUACAGAACUACACACCAAAGGUGGGCGAGUACGAAACCCACGAGGCCAUCAGGAAGGCCUUCAAGGUGUGGGAAGGUGUUACCCCGCUGCGAUUCCGGGAGAUCCCCUACCAUUACAUACGGGAUAAGGUGGAGGAGUUUGCGGAUAUCAUGAUAUUCUUCGCUGAGGGUUUCCACGGUGACAGCAGCCCCUUUGAUGGCGAGGGAGGCUUCCUGGCUCAUGCUUAUUUCCCGGCCCAUGGCAUCGGGGGUGACACCCACUUUGAUGCAGCCGAGCCUUGGACUAUUGGAAACCGGGAUUUGCUAGGCAAUGAUGUAUUCCUGGUUGCUGUGCACGAGCUGGGUCACGCUCUCGGUAUGGAGCACUCCAGUGACCCCUCAGCCAUCAUGGCUCCCUUCUACCAGUGGAUGGACACUGAGAACUUUCAACUUCCUGAAGAUGACCUCAGAGGCAUACAGCAACUUUACGGUGGGUAAUGGAUGUUCAUCUUGAAACUACCCAGCACGCCAGAAGACACAACUCCCAGCUAUGUACCAGACAAGACUCGUUUUGGGCCGAACAUCUGCGAGGGACACUUCGACACCAUCGCCAUCCUCAGAGGAGAAAUGUUUGUCUUUAAGGAUAACUGGUUCUGGCGAGUGCGAAACAAUCACGUGAUGGAUGGAUACCCCAUGCCUAUUGGUCACUUCUGGAGGGGAUUGCCUCCUCUCAUCAAUGCUGCUUUUGAACGGGAGGAUGGAACUUUUGCUUUCUUUAAAGGUGACAGAUACUGGGUCUUUACUGAAUCUGUUCUCGAUGGUGGUUACCCCAAAAAGCUGAAGGAAAUGGGGACUGGUCUCCCCAAAGAUCGAAUAGACGCCGCACUUUAUUACACCCCUACUGGACAGACGUACUACUUCAGAGGAGACAAGUAUUACCGUUUUAACGAAGCAUCGCGAAGUGUUGACAGUGGUUACCCAAGGCCUGUAAGUGUUUGGCAAGGAGUGCCUGACAAUAUCAAGGCAGCUUUCAUGAGCAAAGAUCAAGCGUACACCUACUUUUACAAAGCCAACAAAUAUUGGAAGUUCAACAAUCAGAUGAUGCGCGUGGAGCCCGGAUACCCGAAGUCCGCCUUGCGAGAUUGGAUGGGCUGUCCAAACGAAGACCCCAAGACAGACGGGGGAAGAGUCGAGGAUACAGAGGUGAUCAUCAUCGAGGUGGACGAAGAAGGAAGGGGGGGAAGCGGCGGCGGGGCGGCCGCUGUGGUCAUUCCGUUGUUCCUGUUGGUGUGCGUGAUCGCAACGCUAGCGGCUCUGGUCUUUCUCCGUCGUUACGGUACUCCUCGCCGGCUCCUCUACUGCCAACGUUCCUUACUGGACAAGGUGUAG